AUGCUAAAUCAUCUGAUUUUCAUCAAUUUUCUCGUUUUCUCGUUUUGGAAUAGUGGAGAUGCACAGAUUCCGCAUGAAUUCCAACGAAUGCUGAAACAUGCAAAAAGUUUGGAGAGUCUUCUGAAGGAUUUGCAUGUCAUCUAUAAUCCGGAGCUAACAAAUAGUCAUGUCCAGAAAAAAACAGAUAAUAGGGGAGCAAUUCUCCCGCUAAAAACCGGUUCCAUGUCAACCCAACGUAUUGUAUCAAUUCAAAAUAUUUCGAAUAACGAUAUGGACGGUUACACCCUAUUUCAUCUCCAAAGUAUGAAAGAUAUCAAGCAGGGAAAUGACACGUGUAACCUCCAAUCCGUCUGUGUGCCCGUCCCCCAGCUAUCCGAUGACCCCCAGGUCCUAAUGUACCCAAAAUGUUAUGAGGUGAAACAAUGUGUCGGAAGUUGCUGCAGCUCGGUGGAGACUUGUCACCCUGGAACCAUCAAUUUGGUUAAGAAACAUGUCGCCGAGCUUCUCUACAUUGGAAACGGCCGUUUCAUGUUCAACAUGACACGUGAAAUCACUAUGGAAGAGCACACCUCAUGCUCCUGCUUCGAUUGUGGAUCUAAUACCCCUCAAUGCGCUUCCGGAUUCGUAGUCGGUAGAUCAUGCAAGUGUGAAUGUGCCAAUAAGGAGGAUAGGAAUAAUUGUGUAGGCAACGCCACGUGGAACGCCGAGAACUGCAAAUGCGAGUGUAAUCUGAAGUGCGAUGAGGGUCGUGUCGUGCAUACUCCGACAUGUGAAUGUGUUCGAAAAAGAAAUCAUGGUGGAGGUGGUGGCCAUAGUAAUAGACAUCACGGUCACCGUCAUCACGGUAGAUCACGACCGAUUGAGACGGAGGAGGUGGAGAAGAUCGCCAAGUUGCAGGUCGGAAAAGUUGGUGGAUUCUAA